AUGGGCAAAUCUCAAUCAAAGCUCUCGCAAGAGCAACUGGCCGAACUCCAGAAGUCCACACACUUUGACAAGAAGGAGCUGCAGCAAUGGUAUAAGGGCUUCUUGAAAGACUGCCCUUCUGGCAUGCUCACGAAGGAGGAGUUCCAAAAGAUCUAUCGACAAUUCUUCCCCUUUGGAGAUCCGUCCUCAUUCGCAGAUUAUGUAUUCAACGUAUUCGAUGCCGACAAAUCCGGAUCCAUUGACUUCAAAGAGUUCAUCUGCGCGCUGAGCGUCACGAGUCGCGGCAAGAUGGAGGACAAGCUCGACUGGGCCUUCCAAUUAUACGACAUCGACGGUGAUGGCAAGAUCAGCUAUGAUGAGAUGCUCAAGAUCGUAGAGGCGAUCUACAAAAUGGUCGGCUCGAUGGUGAAACUCCCUGAAGAUGAAGAUACCCCCGAGAAGCGCGUUAAGAAGAUAUUUCGCAUGAUGGACAAGGACGAGAAUGGCAGUCUAGACAUGGAGGAGUUCAAGGAGGGCAGCAAACGCGACGAGACAAUUGUGUCGGCCUUGUCGCUGUACGACGGAUUGGUGUAG